AUGACAGCUGGAACUGUUGUCAUAACCGGCGGAAUUCUCGCAACAGUGAUACUCCUGUGUAUCAUAGCAGUGCUCUGUUAUUGUAGACUUCAGUAUUACUGCUGUAAGAGGAAUGGGUCUGAUGAGGAUGCGGGCUCUGCUGGGGACGCUCAGCCUCACUUUGCCUGCAACGCGUGCAGCGCCCUGGGGAUGGAUGGCGUGGCCGUCACCCCUCUCACCUUGCCCUUCGACCCGUCUCCGCCCCACAGCUACUGCCCGACCUGUUCGCCCUACUACCUCCGCGGCGUGGACGAGAUACGGAACGGCGGCGAGCGCAUGUCCUUCAUGCCAAUGCAUUACGAGAACCCGACCGCUUCCUUCGGCAUGUCCGCCAUGCGCGCCCCCCCGUUGAGUAAACGCAACCCGCUGGACUUCUACACCAACACACGAGCCAUCAGCACCGACGUCUGA